GCGGGGGAUAAAUAGCGACGGCGCUCAAGCUCGGCCCCGCUCUCAAGUCGCUCCCACGAAGACGAGGAAGAGGAAGACGGCAGGAGUCAUCGCACGCGUGAGCACCACUACUACACCACAUCAGACAAAAUGGUGAAGAUCGGAAUCAACGGAUUUGGCCGUAUCGGUCGUCUGGUGACCCGUGCCGCUGCCAUGGGGCGCAAGCUGGAGGUCGUGGCCAUCAACGACCCCUUCAUUGACCUGGAGUACAUGGUCUACAUGUUCAAAUAUGACUCCACCCACGGCAUGUGGAAACACAGCGAGGUGAAGGCUGAAGGAGGCAAGCUGGUCAUCGGCAACAUGCGCAUCUCCGUUUUCCACGAGAGGGACCCGGCCAACAUCAAGUGGGGCGAGUACGGCGUCGACUACGUGGUUGAGUCCACCGGCGUGUUCACCACCAUUGAGAAGGCCUCCGCUCACCUGAAGGGCGGCGCCAAGAGGGUGAUCAUCUCCGCCCCCAGUGCGGACGCCCCCAUGUUUGUCAUGGGCGUCAACCAUGACAAGUACAACAACUCCAUGAGGGUCGUCAGUAAUGCUUCCUGCACUACCAACUGUCUUGCUCCACUGGCCAAAGUCAUCAAUGACAACUUCGGCAUCGUGGAGGGUCUGAUGAGUACGGUCCACUCUGUGACUGCCACCCAGAAGACCGUGGACGGUCCCUCCGGUAAGAUGUGGCGCGACGGCCGUGGCGCCGCCCAGAACAUCAUCCCCGCUUCCACCGGCGCCGCCAAGGCCGUGGGCAAAGUCAUCCCUGAGCUGAACGGCAAACUGACCGGCAUGGCCUUCCGUGUCCCCACCCCGAACGUCUCCGUGGUUGACCUGACCGUCCGUCUGGAGAAACCCGCGAAGUACGAGGACAUCAAGAGGGUCAUGAGGGCUGCCUCCGAGGGACCCAUGAAGGGGAUUCUGGGAUACACAGAGGACCAGGUGGUUUCCACAGACUUCAACACCGACAGCCGCUCCUCCAUCUUCGAUGCUGGUGCGGGCAUCGCACUCAAUGACCGCUUUGUCAAACUGGUUUCAUGGUACGACAACGAGUUUGGCUACAGCAACCGUGUGUGUGACCUGAUGGUGCACAUGGCCUCCAAGGAGUAAGAGCCUCCUGGUGUCUCGCCCUUCUUUUCCCAUCAUUCCACCUUUCUUGGACAUGCAACGGGACCCACUUCCAUCCAUCCAUCCAUCCAUGCACUUUGGCGUCAUGCCCAUCCUAUUGCACAAACUAGUUUAAAACCCCCUUUUUAAUGCUAAAAAGACAUCGCCACGCUUCCUUUCCGGUGGUGAGGUUUGGACUAGUUGUGUUUUCAUGGCCUUUGUCCAGAGGUCCGAGCUGUGUCGUGCUGUAAUGCUGUAGUUCUAACUGCUGCUUUCACUCCACCCUGUAAUAAAAAACCUCCAUUUGUGGA